CGGAGAGCAAAAUUUCAUGUUGGGGAGAGCAGCGGCGAGCAAAAUUCUCACCUUUCCUUUUCCGGCAGAGAAGCUUGGCCGGUUGCCAGGGUGAAGGCGGCGCCCCAUAGUCCGGGUACUCCUCUUCGUCUUCAUUCCCGUUCGCCUACCCCAUCCAAGGUAUGCCCAAUUUGUUCCUCUACUUGCAAGAAUCUGAGAGCAAUUUGCGUAGAAAUAAUCACAUCAGUGAUUCAAGAUUUUCGUACUGAGGUUCAUAGGGAUUGCUGAAUUGUCCCUCAACAUUGCAGUAUUGCAAGUUCUUGGUCAGGCUUAUAGGUGUAGAUUGAUGCCAUCUUCUUGGAUUGAUCUUCAGUAUUGCAAGUUCUUGGUCAGGCUUAUAGGUGUAGAUUACUCUGUCGAACAAUGUUCCUGUCGGUCCAACAAUGUUUCUGAAUCUGAACAUUUUCAGUUAACAGAACCUGAACCUGAACAUUUUCAGUUAACAGAACCUGAAGAUCAAAUUAAGUGCUGCAAUUUUGCCAACAUCUCAAGACUUGCUGCUUAUAUUGUUUGCUACACAAUGAUUCAGUGUCUAGCUAGCUUGCUGAUUCAGAGUUCAUGAUCCAAUAAUUAAGAGUAAGUCUAAGAUCAUUUGGUCUCCGAACAUUUGGUCACAGAUGUAAAUUGAAGCAAAUGCUACUUCAGUCAGAGCAUUCAGUUGAAGCAAAUGUCAGUUAACAAAUGUACAGUUUUUUGCUCUAAAUUGUGAAAAUUAACAAAUGUUCAGAAAUCUACAGAUUUUGCUCUCUAAAUGUCAGUUAACAAAUUCUUAUUCUUACUGUCAAAUGUUCUUUUCUUUUUUUGGAACCAUGCAUACUCUGUUCUGUUAGUAUGUUCAGUUUGGUAGCAUGAUUUCCCUUUAAUUAUGCAGGAUCAGAAUAUGUAGUUUCAGUGUCUAGCUAGCUCAGUGCAUUUUGAUCUUGGAGGUUUCUUUCAGUGUGUACCUGCUGCUGAUGCUGAGGUUAGAAUAUGUAGUUUCAGUGUCUAGCUAGCUGAUGAUGAGGAAUGAUCAGGUGGUGGUGCUUCAAAGUUGGUGCCUGGCCAUUGUGGCCUAAUCACAGCCAUCCAAGAGGUGGAGUAGAAUAGAGUAGGCUUGUUCCCAAACUGUCAAGACUGAAUUUUACUCCAUCGCUCUCCAAACUGUCAAAACUGAAUUUCGCUCACUGAAAAUUUGACAGUGGAGUACUGUCCAAACGAAGAAGAAGGUGACACAUGACACAUGACAAACCAUGACGUGAUCUCAAGCAGUUCUCAGUUCAGCAAGACCAAGUCAAUGGCUCCAGCCCCAGCAAGAUCAACAUCCCUGGUAAACCUGCAAUCUUGAGUAAGUGACGUUCACUUUGUACUCCAUGUAACAGGAGAAAUGAUUACUACUGAGUGAGCAACAUCAACAGUGUGUAAGCAUUCACAAAAGAAAAAUCACCGAAUAGGGUGAAUAGGGUGAUAAUGUUUCUGUUGGAAUUGACCAGAGGAGGACAAAAUAAGCAAUCUGCAGUCUAGCACACUCAAAUCUGUAACUAUUUGCAGUCUAACAAUCUGCAGGGGAUUGGACAAUUUAGAGUAAGAUGCUCCUGUGUAGAUGAUCAUCGAUUUUGGACACCACAAUGUCAAUAUAUUGUGAAGAUUAGUCAAUUUGAAUUUCAGUUUCUGUUCACUGUCUUCACUUUCAAUUUCAGUUCAAACUUGAUUCGGCUCACAACAAGAAGCAGCAGGAGAGGCGGGGACAGGGAUGUUGGUCACGCACUGGGCCACGGCGCUAGUGGGUAGCCAUCAACUUUCAAUUUCAGUUCAAUUUGAUUCGACUCACCAGGUGUUGGCGGCGGCGCAGAUGGGUAGCCGACGAUGGCUGUAGGGCGCAGGCGACGGGGGAGAAAGGAAAGAGAUGGAGUUCUUCGUGAUGUGUUUAAAACUCUGUGGUUUUUUUGCAAAACAAAAAAACAAAUACACUGAUCUGUGGACAAGUUUUCUUGGACGGAGAGACUACAAAAUAUUGGAGAACAGCUUUUUUUCGAAAAGGGGGGCCUCCCCGGCCUCUGCAUUAGAGUGAUGCAUACGGCCAUCUUAUUAACCAAAUAAGCAAAAGAUCAACAAGGUUCCAAAGUCUCGAACUGAAAAAGAAAAAGGCAGCUCACACAGAGCCUAAAAGGCUAGAUACACAAACUAGCCAGGAAAUGACGCCACAACCGGCGGGGUAGUUCAAGAAAAGGUAUGUUGAACUGAACUGAGAUGGCAAGGGCGACGGACGUGGACGACGGGGCGGCGCCCUUGCCGCCCCCACCCGAGCCACCUCCUACGGAGAGAUCUAGGCCGCCGCCGCCUGCCCUCGAGGGAUCGCCGGCGAUAGUGUUGCCGGCGCGAUCGCCGGACUGUGGCGGAUCACGAGAUCCGGAGUCGACGGCGCAGAUCGGGGGCUUCCUACAUCCAGCAAAAUGGAGAAUUCUCUUCGAGGAUGUUCGGGCAAUCGGACUCCGAUCGGAGGGAGUUCUAUUUACGUACUACCCAUCGAGAUGGAUGGUGGUGCGCGAUCUGGAUAAUGAUAUCCUCGGCGGGCGCUACCUAAACGAGGAAGAGGAGAUCUCUGAAGGUACGCGGUUGUUGAUUGAUAAUUUGGAGGUUACUAUUUGUUCAUUUUUGCAGGAAGAACCGGAGGUGCAUGAUCAAACCGAGGUGAUCGAUCUCACGGACGAUCCCAAGCGAUCAAAACCGCAGUUUGGGGAACGAUUUUCUAUUUUGGCUGAUGCGGACGAUGAUGUACCACUGGCGAAGAAAAUCGCAGAUGAUCUGGUGCAGUCGGUGGCUCCGCCACAUGCGACCUCGCCUUUGGGGAAGAAUAAACUGGAGCAGGACACAGGAGUCGGCAUGGCAACGGGACGGGUGACUGGGAGGGCGACCGUGCGCCCGACCGCGGUGGUGCCGUCCAUAACCGGUGAUCGCCGAGUCGGCGGGCGUUUUUGGGCUCUCGCCGAAUUCGACGAGGAGGAAGCGGACGACGAUGAGGAUGCAUCGCCGGUGGAGUCGCCGCUAUCUCCCACUCCUUCGGAUAUCAUCUGCGAAUUUUUCCAUUCAGUUAUAGCGAAGAUGGGGUGGCCACUACGAUCGAUCGGGUUCUGCCGCUGGAAGAUCCGGCACGGAUCGGUCUACACGCGGGCGAGAAGAUCGAGAUGAUCCGGCGAGUUGUUCAUCGCAAGACGGCGGCGUCGGCGAUACGGCCUUGGAAAGGUCCUAUA